UCCCACUCUGCCCGCCAUCUUCCCUGUCAUUCAAAGCCAGCUACGAGCUGGCUCUAUAGUUUAUAUAUAUAAUGCAUAUGACACAUUCUUUACUAACAUUUCUACCUUUCACAUACUCUCUCUCUCUCUCUCUCUCUCUGUUCACAGGACAUAGUCUUUCUUAGGCAAGAAACAUUCUACUAUUUUGUUCUGUGAAUAAAACAUCUGUUCUUGGGUCUGGAGAUUAUGCCAGUUAAUUUAUCUGCUACUCUGCAGCUUGCAUAUUAUUCUCAAUCUCGAAGCACCACAUUUGUGCUUAAUUACUCUGACUACGUUUUUCUGUCUGCCUGAAAAAGCUUCCUUUUUUCUCAAGUUUUCUCUGCAGCACUGGAAGUGGACAAGGCCAUAUGAUUUCUGCCAAUUUUGGGCUUUGAGAAAGCAACAACAAAAUGUCAGCAAGAAUGCUAUCUUCUAUAACAGAGGAACACAAAAAAGAUCUGCACAAGCAAAUUGGAUGCAUGAAUGGGUUAUUCCAAUUGUUUGAUCGACACCAUUUCCUCACUGGCAAACGUUUCCAUGGUCAAAAUCACAAAAGGCUACUCACAGGUGCCGCGGACACAAUGGAGCCCAAAUGUGCAGAGCAAUCAUCUAAAGAAAAGACUCCAAGGGAGGUGGCCAGGAACAAAGUGUCGCACUCAAGUGAGUCAUCCAAAGUUUCCUCAAAACUCGAACAAAGUAAAAUAUCACAACAAGAGCAACCUUUUUGCAGUCAAAGAAACUUACCAGAAUCUCCUUCGAAAACCCUGCCAUACAAACAACCAAGUUCUCCAUCUCAUUCUGGCCGGCAAUCUCCUGAUUUCCGGGAUGUUGUCAAGGACUCGAUGCACAGGGAAGCCCGUAGUUUAUCUGUAAAAACUGUCACCAAAGUAGAAGGUAAAGUCCAUGUAAUGAAGCACAUAGAUUCUCCAAGGCCAUUUCAGCAGUCAAACUGUGGGAAGCCAUCUGAUGGAACAAGGCAAGUAACUGCUAAGUUUCGUGAAGCACCUCGCAAUUCAAGAGAAGAUCUAAAGCAUGCACCAAAAGAUCGUCCACGUUUCUCUUAUGAUGAAAGAGACUCCAGAGAAGCGGUACGUUCUUCAGUAAGGUUAAAGGACCUUCCCAGACUGUCACUGGACAGUAGAGAACAGUCCUUCAGGAGCUCUGCCUCUGAAUCCAGAUCAAAUUUUCUUUUAGGGGAUCAUAAAAGAUCUUCCAGUGUUGUAGCAAAGCUGAUGGGGUUGGAAGCUUUUCCAAAUUCCAUCCCCACAAAUGAAAUCGAGACACCUAAGUCUUUCUCUGCCAAAGAUACUGUUCCGGUAUCGACAAAAACAGCCGAAAAGAGCAAGAAUAAUCAAGUGACACGGUCUCCACAGAUUAAUGAAAAUGAUUUCAACUCCCCACGAAUGAAAUCUACCAAUUCAAUCAUGAGAGGAUCGUCACCUUCACGGCUUCCACUAGAACCUGCUCCCUGGAGGCAACCAGAGGCCAGCAGAACCUCCCACAAGUCAUCUGCAAGAAACACAGAUGUGGAACUCUCGAUUAAGACUCCAAAGACACCUUCUUCUGUCUAUGGUGAAAUGGAGAAAAGGAUAACUGAACUUGAGUUCAGAAAGUCUGGAAAGGAUCUCAGAGCUCUGAAGCAGAUUCUUGAAGCAAUGCAGAAGACAAGGGCAAGAUUAGAGGUCCAAACAGAAGAGCAGGCAGACUCUAAUGUGAACUUGGAAAUAGUGCAGACAAGGCAGCAACGCAACCUGCUAUCACCAACCAUAAAGGGAACUCGCCCCCCAAAAAGGGAGGAAACAGCUGACAAGAAAACCAGAGAUUCUGGUUGGCAUCUUUCUUCACCAGACAGGAAGACCAGAGAAGGAACACCAAGGGCAGUGCAAAACCCAACAUUCCGCCAACAAAAAGAAGGAAGCUAUCCUGCAUUAGGAAGGAAUUCUGGAACUGUGAGUCCAAGACCACAACAGAAGAAGAAGCAAUCUUGUCCAAUCACUACAUCACCCGAAUUCAGCAGGGUCAGAAGGCAAUCGAUUAAGCAAUCCAAAGAAUCAGGUUCCCCAAAAAGGAGACUCCAAUCAAAACCCAACAAUCUGCUCCGAGUUGAUGAGGAAUUGAGUGAGAACAGCAGUGGCACAAGAAAUUUCAGUGACCAAGGUGAUGCAGCUUCUGUGCAAUCAGAAAGCAACAACAGUUUGAGCUCACAUGCAGAGGGAGAAGUCACAAGCAGAAUUCUUUCCUUUAAGGUUAAUGCUAAAAGACUAGAAGACACAAAAGACAAAAGUGACAUGAUGAGGCUCAAUGAAGACAGACCAAUGGCUGAACUUGCAAUUUCUACCAUUGAACAGCCAAGUCCUGUCUCAGUGCUUGAUGCCGCAUUCUAUGAAGAAGACUCACUGUCUCCUGUGAAGAAGAAAACAACUGCAUUUAGAGUUGAGGAUGCUGCAGAUGAAUUAUGGUACCCAGAUUACCAGGAUCAUUCACCUUACAGCACGAGGAUAGAUGGCCACAAGAAAUUAGAGCGCAUUAACGACCUCAUUCACCAGCUCAGACUACUGGACUCCAACCACGAAGCAAAUAUGGACCAGCUAGGAUCGUUGAGCCAGACUCAUAAUCCUGACCACAGAUACAUCACGAAAAUACUACUGGCAUCUGGCCUUCUCAAGGAAGUGGACUGCGUCUCCACGGCCAUUCAGGUUCAGUCAUCCGGCCAUUUGAUCGAUCCAAAGUUGUUUCAUAUCUUGGAACAGACUGAGGAACGUGUUAUGCCAGAAAAUGGACUCUGUAAAAAGAGUGCUUGGAUAGAGUUUAAUCAGAAAAUGCACAGAAAGAACGUCUUUGACAUAGUCGAUGAGAUACUUCCCAACAAACUGUCUUCAGAAAGCUGUUUAUUGCAAGGACGAGAUCGCUUAAAUGCCCAGCAGCUCCAGAAGGAACUGAAGUCCGACAUAGACAACCUCAACGCCAAAAAGGUUAGCAUGGACUCUGAAGAAGAUGAAUUGAUAAGUAUUCUCAAUGCAGAUAUGAGGCAUCAGUCAGAAGAUUGGACAAAUGGGCAGAGUGAGAUUCCAUCAUUGAUUUUGGACGUCGAGCGCUUAAUAUAUAAAGACCUUAUUACAGAAAUAAUAAGUGAUGAGGCCAGAGAGCAGCAGCAGAUAAGAACAAGAAGGCAUUGUAGGCAACUAUUUACUAAUUAGUAAUUGAACUUUCAAGCUUCUGUGCUCUAUUUCUUCAUAAUAGAGUUCAGUGCUUUUCAUGUACAAAUUCAGCGUUUUACAUAUGAGAUGCUAGCAAAAGUAAAAUAUAAGUGUAUCAAGGGCAAAUGGAAAGCAAAAAUUAUUGGCUGUUUUAUUUGCAUAUAUAGAAAUGCUUCUCAUUUGCUUCU